AUGGUGGUUUCAGUUUUUGAAACAGCUAUUUGUUCCGAUGGAGUACCAUAUAUCGUCUUUCUUUUUAUGCGCACACCUGACUCAUCGGUAUCCCUGAGUAAACAGGAACCCCAUCGUCACCCCGGUGUCUUCGUCGCUCGUGGUGGGAAGGAAGAUCUCCUUGUUACCAAAAACCUCACACCAGGCGAAUCCGUCUAUGGCGAGAAGCGUAUCUCCGUUGAGUCAACUGCACCUGCCGCCAAUGGUGAGGUCGCCGCUGCCACCAAGACUGAGUACCGUGUAUGGAAUCCCUUCCGUAGCAAGCUGGCUGCUGGUAUCCUCGGUGGUCUCGACAACAUCUACAUGCGCCCGGGAUCGAAAGUGCUGUAUCUCGGUGCCGCCAGUGGGACAUCCGUCAGUCAUGUCGCUGAUCUCGUAGGGCCUACGGGGACAGUCUACGCAGUCGAGUUCUCUCACCGCUCCGGUCGUGACCUGAUCGGAAUGGCUACCCACCGCACCAAUGUUAUUCCCAUCGUCGAGGAUGCCCGUCAUCCCCUUCGCUACAGAAUGCUGGUUGGAAUGGUUGAUGUAAUCUUUGCGGACGUUGCCCAGCCUGACCAAGCCAGAAUCUAUCAAGGCAAACUGUAUCGACAGCACAGCUAA